CGUUAUUUCCAUGUAUAUCCCUCAAAGCACUGCCACUGCCAUUAAAGAGGGGUUCUCAAAAUUUAAACUCUAGGGUUUAAGAAAUUGUUCAAGCAGAAAAGCUUCAAUGAGUGACUCAAGAGAAGAUUCUCCUGACUGGUUACGCUCUUUCCAGACGCCGGCAGUAGCUAUUGCAUUGUCAUCCGGAUCAGAAUCGCCCCUAUCUGACAGUCCACAAAGAAACGAAGAGGAUGAGAUCGUUCUCAGUAAAUUGUUCAAGAAAGAAGAUGAGCAGGUUCCACAGAUUAAAGAUAAUGACGAGGAAUAUCUGAUUAGUGAGCCUGUCAAAGGAAAGUCUCCAAAAAAAAAUGAGAAAACAAAGCUGACACCGGGAAAGAAGAGAAGAAGAAAAGAUGACACUGAGAUACAAGGAAAAGCAUCUAAGAGGAAAACAUCUGAAAAGCCUGUCCACCCUCAGGAACAAAAGCACUCCGUUUUGACAUUGUCUUCAGAUUCAGUGUCUUCUCAAGAUACCAGCCCCAUUAGAACUGGAGAUAGACAAAUGUCUGCCCAUGAUGAGGGCCCAUGUAUAGACAACAAAAUAGAUGACGAUGAUAUUGUUCUUGAUAAUGAUGGAGAAUCUCCAAUUAAUGAUGCCUCCAAGGUAAAGCCUCCAAGAAAACAGUUGCGAAAAGAGGAUGCCAAAUCCUUAAAGAAGAAAAACACAAAUGGGAAUAUAGGUGGAGAGAAUUGUGGCAACAUUGAUGUUGUGAAGGAAGAUAUCUCUGAGAAGCAUCAUGAACCUCAGGUCUCCUCUUCAAGGUUGCCUUUGGUGCUUUCAGAGAAAGUCCAACGUUCAAAGGCACUUAUUGAGUGUGAAGGUGACUCCAUAGAUUUGAGUGGGGAUGUGGGUGCUGUUGGACGGAUAGUUAUUCCGGAUACUCCUUCCACAAACCAUGAAAUGUUAUUGGAUUUGAAAGGAACCAUAUACAAAACAAGUAUAGUUCCAUCAAGGACAUUCUGUGUGGUGAGCUUUGGCCAAUCAGAAGCAAAGAUAGAGGCUAUCAUGAAUGACUUUAUUCAGUUGAAACCACAAUCUAAUGUUUAUGAGGCUGAAACCAUGAUUGAAGGGACGCUAGAUGGAUUUUCAUUUGAUUCAGAAGAUGAGGCUGACAAUCUUCACAAAUCUACUGCUCAAGCAAAUCAACAUGAUGGUGCUGAAGAACAACCAAUGCGAAAAGCCAAAAGAAAAUCCGAGAAAACAUCAGGGGCAGCACCAAAGAAGGGUAAAGCUGCAGGAGGAAAGCCACCUAAGAAAGUAAAAAAGAAACCUCAAAUUUCAAAGAAGAGCAAAGUCAGGAAAUGAGAGACGAUUGUCUACCAACAUAUAUUCUUUUUUACUUGAGUCCUUUUCUUAUUUUCUUCUUUUUCCUAUAGCAUAUGUACUUUUCACCAAUUUAUGAAGAUAUCUACAAUUCUGACAAUCGACAGGUUAAGUCAGUAGAGCCUAUACCGUUUGCAUUUCCUGUAAAAUUUAACUUUAGUGAAACAGAGACCAUUAGUGUUUCUAACUCCCUUUCUCUUGAAAUAAAUUGUAUUAUAGAUCCUUAUUGCACC